AUGCCAGGGAAGACGCCUCACGGCAACGGGAAGGAGCCGGUCGAGAAUAGCGGCGUUCGGAAUAGCAAGGAGAUCGAGGAAGCUGCGCUCAAGAGCAAAAAAAAGGCCGUCGCGAGCAAGGAUGGUGACGAGGAGAUGACCGUUGUCGUGCCACCGUCAAAGGCUAGCAAGCAAGGCGCACUAGACGGUGCUGACGGCGACGUGGCCAUGGACGAUGAAGGCGCGUCCGCGGAAGACGAGGCCGUCAAGAUCGACCCAGCCGUCCAAACAUCUGCAGAUAUCAAAUCCAGCUUCGCUCUUCUCGAACGUGCGGUGAUCCAUUUCGAUGCCCGAUUCUCUCUCCGAGCGCUACGGUCCAUCUCGUCCCUCCGCAAACGCAUAACCCCGGAGAUCCUUGCGGGCGUUAUCGUGGAGACCUUUUCGGUCACGUCCGCUUCGGCCGCCGUAGCAAAACAGCUGCUCGCCGCUCUGGGUCAGGAGGACUUGUCGCUGGGUUCGCGGCCAAGCCCGGAGAUGGAGCUCGAUACUCCGGCUGCGUCAACGCCGCCCAAGAACGGAGCUUCCCCGGCAGCUCCUCCCUCGGCAGCUUCCAAGAAGGACGCCAUCCCCGAGAUUGACAUUUUCCUUGGCAUCCUGGCCCAGGUCUACCUGUUCGACUCCAAGCAGUUUCAGCGCGGCUUCGAUAUUUCACGCACCCUGGCUGAUCGCAUACACGCUCUGAACCGCCGCACACUCGAUUCUCUCUCGGCCAAGGUGUACUUCUACUACUCGCUAUUUAGUGAACAGCUUGCUCCGCUACCGCCAUCGCCGCAGUCUCCUGUCAUUGCCAUACGCCCGGCCCUGCUGGCAGCCCUGCGCACGGCUGUCCUCCGCAAGGACGUGGACACACAGGCUGCUGUGAUCGUACUGUUGCUACGGAAUUACCUCUCCACAUCGCACAUUAUACAGGCCGAUCUUCUGGUCUCGCACACCAAGUUCCCGGAAAAUGCUGCGAACAACCAGGUCGCCCGCUUCCUGUACUACCUUGGUCGCAUUCGUGCGAUCCAGCUGAACUAUACCGAGGCCCAUGAACACCUGACUGCUGCCACACGGAAGGCGCCGUCAAGCCCUUCUGCUGUGGGCUUCGCGCAGACAGCGACCAAGCUGAUGCUUGUGGUUGAGCUGUUGAUGGGCGACAUUCCCGAGCGGGCUAUUUUCCGGCAACCGACCAUUGAACAUGCCCUGCACCCAUACUUUUUGCUGGUGCAGGCCGUGCGGGUCGGCAACUUGGAGGACUUUGAGACCACCAUUGCGGACCACGCAGACACAUUCCGCAAGGACAGCACGUACACGCUCAUCCUGCGCUUGCGGCAGAACGUGAUCAAGACAGGCAUCCGGAUGAUGUCGCUGUCGUAUAGCCGUAUCUCACUGCGCGACAUCUGCAUUCGUCUGCAUCUCGGUAGCGAAGAGUCGGCCGAGUACAUCGUGGCAAAGGCGAUCCGGGAUGGUGUUAUCGAGGCCACGCUGGACCGUGAGCGCGGAUUCAUGAAGAGCAAAGAGGUUGGCGAUGUAUACGCAACACGGGAGCCGGGCGAGGCCUUCCACGAACGCAUCCGGGCCUGUCUUGCUCUACACGAUGAGAGUGUCAAGGCAAUGCGGUUCCCUAUGAACCAACACCGACUGGAGCUCAAGAAUGCUCAGGAAGCACGAGAGCGUGAACGGGAAAUGGCAAAGGAGAUACAAGAUGGGGACUUGGACGAGGAUGAUUUGGGCGGCGACUUUGACGGGAUGUAA